UAAUAGUGCCAUCAGUGAAGUAAGCAGUAGUCAUGAAGGAAGCAAAAAACAAACAAUUUGUCGUGACAAUCGCAUUAUUAUGCAUCUCGUUUUUAAGUUGUGUAAAUGCUAUAGGAUGCCCAGAGAAAUGUUCUUGUGCACAACGAACAGUACGAUGUGUUCGUCAGCAGUUGAAAUUCAUACCGGAAUUGCCGACAGAUACCAACAUAAUAGAUUUGCGUUACAAUCAUAUCAAAGAAGUGCCAUCGAAUGCAUUCAGAGGUUUGACUCAACUUCACUCAAUUUUUCUGAAUGAGAAUCAAAUCACGACACUCAAUGAAGGCGCUUUCAAUGGAUUACCGUAUUUGAGAUAUUUGUAUUUGAAUCAGAAUCACAUUAAAAAUAUCGAACCUGGUGCAUUCGUCAAUCUAACAAUGCUUGAGCGAUUGAAUUUAUAUGGAAAUAAGAUUCAAAGGAUUCCAUUUGGAACAUUCGACAAUAUGAAUUCGCUAAACUUGCUUCGUUUAGAUAGCAAUUUAUUAGAAUGUGACUGUUCUGUGAUGUGGCUUGUGAAGCAUUUACAUGCGACGAGAAAUCAUUUAAGAGCUUCGGCAAACUGUAAAUCACCCGACUUUAUGGAAGGGAAGAACUUAGUCGACAUGACCGAAGAGGAUUUUCAUUGCAAAAAACCUGAAAUAUUGCAAAAUCCAAAUGAUGUUGAAGUCACUUUUGGAGCAUCUGCCAUUUUUAAAUGUACAGCUGAAGGUGAUCCCAAACCUGAAAUUAAAUGGAUGCUCAACUCGAAUGAAAUUGAUUCGAGCGAUUUAAGGGUUCGUGUUGCGGUUGAUGGAACCUUGCAGAUUGAUAGGAUUGAUACACGAGAUCAAGGAACUUACACGUGCAUGGCGAAGAACUCCAUUGGUGAAACAUUAUCAAGAGAAGCUCGCAUGACGAUAAUUCAGGGACCACAAAAUGAAGCAAUAAGACCACAAUUCGUACAAAUACCUGCCGGUCACGUUGUCUUUGAUGAGGUUUCCGAUUACAUAGUUAUGCAUUGUGUGGCGACUGGUUUUCCUCAACCACAAAUCAUAUGGAAGUUUAACAAUCAACCACUACAUGAUGACGAUGACAAAAUCGAGAUUCAUGACAAUGGAACGUUAGUCAUUCACAGUCCUACCGAAGAAGAUGAAGGUGCAUAUAGGUGUGAAGCCACAAACUACCUUGGCAGUAUUUCGACAGUGGCAAAUUUCAAUAUUAAUGUUCCUGUUCUUACAGUAACACUGGAAGACAAGAAGGUUAAAACGGGAGAAAAUCUGGUUCUAUCUUGUGAUGCCGAAGGCAAUCCGGAACCGAAUUUCUUUUGGACGAAGGACGAUCGCACAUUGAGAAGUUCAGUUCGCAUUAAUUUUACCACGGAUAAUAAAACAUUGAAUAUUGAGCACAUUAAAGAGUCUGAUGCGGGAUUGUAUGCUUGUGUAGCAGAAAAUAUUCUCGGUUCAGAUGAAGCAACGGCACAAGUGGAUGUGAGAAAUGCACAUGGCCCACCAAAUUUGAUUUUCGAGCCUUAUGAUUUGGAAGCAAUACCCGGAACAACCAUUGAGUUGCCUUGCGGUGCUGAGGGUGAUCCACCACCAUUGUCGAAAUGGAAGAAAGAUGGACGAACAUUGACACAAUCAAUAAAGUAUAAUUUCUCACCAGCCGGCAGUAUCUUCAUUUCGAAUAUAAAUGACUUUGAUGCUGGUAGAUACGAAUGCACAGUGGCGAAUGAGUUUGGACGAGCUACAGCAUCAUGUGUCGUUACUGUCAGAAGACGAGAAGACUUGGCGCCGGGUGAUAAAUUUAUUCGCAUCGCUUUCUCAGAGGCCUCUUCUGAAGUUGAUUCGGCAAUCAAUCAAACAGUUGCAUCUCUCUUCAUCAACAACUCAAAUGAUAGAAACGCAAUGAAGAACCACAGUGAUUUAUUUCGAAUUGUUAGAUUUCCAACGGGACCAGCACGUGAAUUGGCGCGAGCGAGUGAAAUUUAUGAGCGAACACUUGUCAACAUUCGUAAACAUAUUAACGUGGGUAAAAAUAUAACAACAAAUGUUACCGAUUUUAAAUAUGACGAUCUUUUGUCUGCUGAAUAUUUGGAUUUGUUGGCACAACUUUCUGACUGCACGGCACAUCGAAUUAUGCCGAAUUGUACCGACAUGUGUUAUCAUGGGAAAUAUCGCACGAUUGACGGCAGCUGUAAUAAUUUCCAAAAUCCUAUGUGGGGAACAUCGUUGAGUGCUUUUCGACGCCUUCUACCGCCUGAAUAUGAAAAUGGCUUCAACACACCUAAAGGAUGGAAUAAAGAUCGAAAGUAUAACGGAUAUAAACUUCCAAGCGCACGUUUAGUCUCGACAACGUUGAUUAAAACUGACGUGAUUGAGCAAGACACGCAAAUAACUCACAUGAUGAUGCAAUGGGGUCAAUUUUUAGAUCACGAUAUGGAUCAUGCAUUGCCAGCAGUCAGUUCCGAAAGUUGGGAUGGCGUUGAUUGCAAGAAGACUUGCGAUUAUUCUCCACCAUGCUUUCCAAUUGAAGUGCCGCAAAAUGAUCCACGCGUUAACAAUCGACGUUGUCUUGAUUUUACUAGAUCAAGUUCAACCUGUGGUUCGGGUAUGACUUCAGUUUUCUUCGGAAAGAUUCAGCCACGUGAACAGAUAAAUCAGAAAACGUCAUUUAUUGAUGCAUCGCAAGUUUAUGGAUACACUGAACAAUUUAGUCGUGACUUAAGAAACAUUUCACUUGAUGGUGAAGACAACGGUUAUCUUCGUGAAGGUGUUCACUUCCCCAAUCAAAAAUCGAUGCUGCCAUUCGCAUCACCAACAGACGGCGUUGAUUGUCGACGAAAUUUAGCGGAAAGUUCAGUUAAUUGCUUCACAGCUGGAGAUAUUCGUGUGAAUGAACAAGUUGGUUUAUUAGCUAUGCACACAGUUUGGAUGCGAGAACAUAACAGAAUUGCUACAGUUUUUAACGAAAUAAAUCCUCAUUGGAGUGGCGAACAAGUUUAUCAAGAAUCGAGAAAAAUUGUUGGUGCGAUGAUGCAACACAUAACAUACAAAUAUUGGCUUCCUAACAUCAUUGGAAAGGAAGGAAUGGAUGUAAUGGGUGAAUACAAAGGUUACGAUUCAAGCGUGAAUCCUUCAAUUUCUAACGAGUUUGCAACCGCUGCAUUCCGUUUUGGUCACUCAUUGAUUAAUCCAAUUCUCCAUCGACUUGAUUGGAAUUUCCAACCAAUUGAACAAGGACAUUUACCAUUGCAUCAAGCAUUCUUUGCACCAUGGCGCGUUGUUUACGAAGGUGGCGUUGAUCCAUUACUUCGUGGACUUUUUACUGUCCCAGCGAAGUUGAAAAAACCUGAACAAAACCUAAAUUCUGACUUAACUGAGAAAUUAUUUACAACAGCACAUGCUGUGUCACUUGACUUGGCAGCCAUAAAUAUUCAAAGAGGUCGAGAUCAUGCGAUUCCCAAUUACAUGGUUUACAGGAAAUUAUGCGACUUACCAGUGUCAGAAUCAUUUGAGACACUUCACGAUAUUUCAAGUCAACAUGUUAAAGAGAAAUUGAAGGAGAUUUAUGGACAUGUUGACAACAUUGACGUUUGGACUGGUGGAAUUCUUGAAGAUCAAAUGACGGGCGCAAAGGUCGGUCCACUGUUCAGAUGUAUGUUGAUUGAUCAAUUCAGAAGACUUCGUGAUGGCGAUCGUUUCUUUUACGAGAACCCAUCAGUUUUUAAACCUGAACAAUUGACUGAAAUCAAACAAUCAACUUUGGGUCGAAUUCUUUGUGAUAAUGGCGAUAACAUCACACGAGUGACUGAGAAUGUCUUCAUUCUUCCUUCACUUCAAGAUGGCUAUAAGCAAUGCACAGACAUACCAAUGGUGUCAUUAAAGGUCUGGACGGAUUGUAGUAACUGUAAUCAUCGGGCUGCUUAUAAUCUUGACAUUACAAAAUUACCUCGUCAGAGUCGAUUCAGACGUGAUGUGAAAGAAGUGAAUGCUGAUAAGUUCGUGAACGAAAAUUCAAUUGAACAUGACGACGUGCACUUCAGCAUCGAUAAUGAUUAUUUUGACAUGAACGAAGAGCGAAUUGAAGGUCUUGAGCAAUUGAUUGAGUCAUUUCAGAAGACAUUGAAAAAGAUGCGACGGGAAAUUCGAAAGCUUAAAGAAUCGAACGAUGAACUUUCACGAGCUAUAAAUGUAACAAAUAAGCAAGCAAGUGAAAGCGUUGACAAUAAAGAUAAAAACAGCGGUGGAAAAUCCAUAAAACAUCACUAUCAAUGCGUGGACAAGAAAGGCAUAAACCGACUGAACAAUGAAAUUUGGAUGGAAGAUGAUUGCACAAAUUGUCUCUGUCAGCAUCGUCAGAUAACGUGCACGACUGAAAAAUGUCCCGAUGAAGAGCCGUCAUGUGACAAAGGCUUAAUUGUUGGAAGAAAGAAUGGACAUUGCUGCCUUUCAUGCAUAGAACAGAAGACGUCAUCAAGCAAUGAAUCCACAAUAACAAGCAAUGUGACAAGUUCACGUUAA